ACAUCGUUGAACGCCAUCCUCCGUGUUCACUCUGCGCCACCUGCUGUGGAAAUGAUCAACUCCAGAUGGAGGAUAGCGUUACAGCCCAACUCGCCCCAGCACGAGCGGCUCGGAUUGCAUGACGAUACAGCUCUUCAUGACUUACCCUGGUGUGCGCGUAGCGUUUACUACCCCCACACGUUACACCGAGAAGCCUGAACGCAACGUCAUGGUCUCUACACGUUAGCAUUGUCACGCUACCAGUGUGGACAAUUCCCACCCAGCGGUCUUGUAGUCUCUCAGGGUGUGUUCGCGUAUCGCGAGUGGUGCUUGGGGCCCAAGCUGCGGGUGUCGACAUGUUAGACGAGGCCUUCUGCCAAAGACAAGGCAGGAGCGCCGCAACUCGAGUCGACUCGCUGGUCGCCAGUGUCGAGUCGCCACGAGGGACCAUGGUGCGCGAGUCACACUGCGACUGCCUCCUCGAAGCAGACCGCUGUGGCGACUCACUUGAUCUCUGCCCGGCACCGCAAUGCCUGUGCUGCGUCACAUGCAGCUGGAUUGCAUGCUGGGAUGUUAGAUAACCCGAAUAGCGACGGCGUCCGCCCUCGCGACACGCCGUGCGAGACCACGGGCUGCUGCUCCUGCACGAGCAGGAAACGUCGCCACCUUUGUAUGUGUGUGCCAUGAUGCCACCGUCAUGUAUUAUCGAUGCCGUUGGAAGCGUGCACUUGGGUGGCGCCGAUCCAAGUGACUCAGUACUUGGCACGGCCAGCCGAUCGUCUCUAACCCGCGCGGCUCGACAAGAGACCCUGCGCUCGCACUGCUUUUUAGCCGUUCUGGCUGCAGCCGUAAUCGCGACUUGGACCAAGCGGUCAGCGAGCGGGUCCGCACCAUCACGUCAGUCGCUCUUGUCUCUCGGCCGGGCGGAAAGCGUCCGGAUACCCCGAAGCCGUGUCCUCUCUUCAUUUUCAUUUUAGCCAAGCCGCACUGACUCACGUUUGGUCAGCAGUGCAGAGUCAACCUACUUGCCUUACUACAUCCCGCGUCACCAUUUAAAUCCUCAUCAGACCAUGUCACCCGCACAACCCCAGGCGCAGGACCCCGCGGACGGCACGACUGUGAAGGAGGUCGCGCCGUUUCUCAAGAGUUUGCGCCUCAUGCUAGACAACGAGAGUCCACGCAUUCUACGCUGGACGCCCGACGGCAACGCCUUUGAGAUCCACGACAUGGCCGCCAUGACCGGCUACGUGUUGCCCAAGUAUUUCAAGCAUCGCAAAUACGCCAGCUUCCAGCGUCAGCUCAACUACUUCCACUUCCGCAAGUGGACCAAGUCGCGCGCCGUGGUGUGCACAUUCUCCAACCAGUUUUUCCAACGCGACCAACCGGCCUUGACGUGGCGCAUUACACGCAAGCGCUCGCUGUCGCCGGCCAAGAGCACUAACAAGACACAGCAGGAACAGAAGGAAACGCGGGCACUAUCCACUCCGGAUGUGGAGUUCGAUCCCAAGGUAACAGUGCAGACGGCACUGCCGUCGCAGCACCAGCAGCUCGGGUUGUUUGAUGAGGACGCAUCAUUGGCCUGGAUCGACGUCCUGUACCCGGAACUAGACCUGGAUCUGCUUGAUGACAACGCCCCGACCGACACGGACUGCUUCUUCUCCCCGUCGAACUUGCUCUCGCUGUAAGAAUUCCUGGAGCACAACCAUUUAUUUAACUGCAGCGAGAUAGCUCCUAUACAUUCGUUUAGACUACAGCUACCACUAACCGACGUGGCCUUCACCGCCUACUCGGUACCCCCGGGCUACUUCUAGCUCCGGAGCGUCUUUUACCAUAAACUAUCCAUGUACACGUAUGAUCAAACAUUGUGCUUCAUUGACUUGUCAGGAC